AUGGCAUGGAAAUCAAGAGAUAACAACAUGCAGCAGCAGCAGCAGCAGCGGCAGCCGGGCGAGUUCACCGGGAUAGUUAACGCGCCAACAGAGUCCGAUUGGGCAACAAUCGACUGGGUGAGUUCACAGCACGAGGCAAACGAGCGACGCACGGCAAUGUACCACAGAUCCCAUGGAAGUUCCAUUACAGCUCAUACACGAAACGCACUCACACAAAAUGAAGGUUUUCUUGCCGCCUUUGUUACAGGCCUUCUCUUAGGUAUACUCGGCGUUUUUUGUGAUGCCUGUUCGCAUUGGGUGUCGGCAUUCCGGUUGGGCAUCUGCGCCAAUUUCUUCUGGCUUGGGCGUAACCUCUGCUGUGUGGAGCAGGAAGAAUGCACCGGAUACUACACAUGGGGUGAGUUUUUUCUUGGCCGUGGGGAUCGCGUGGCGCCGUUUGCCGAUUUUUGUUUUUACGUUCUCAUCUCCACAUUUGCUGCGAUGAUAGCAUCCUUUUUUUGUAAGGUGUAUGCACCUUAUGCAGCUGGUGGCGGCAUCAAUGAGGUGAAGACAAUUGUGUCAGGCCAUCAUGUCCGCCGCUACCUGGGUGGAUUGACGCUUAUCACGAAAGCCAUUGGCAUGAGUUUCUCCACUGGUUCCGGCCUUGUGGUUGGGAAGGAGGGACCAUUUGUGCAUAUUGGUGCAUGCGCGGGUGGGAUUAUCGCCAGUGUCUUCCCUAGCUAUCGGUUGGAGGCAAAGAAACGCGAGCUUAUUACAGCGGGCGCGGCGGGUGGUGUUGCGGUGGCCUUUGGGGCACCCGUGGGAGGUGUCAUCUUUGCAUUGGAGGAAAUAUCGAGCUUUUACAACUUUAAGGCCUUGAUGGCAGCCCUUAUCUGCGGUGUGACGGCGGUGUUGUUUCAGUCCCGGAUAGACCUCUGGCAUACUGGACGCAUUGUGCAGUUCAGCGUGAACUACAAACAUAACUGGCAUUUCUUUCAGCUGCCACUUUUCGCUCUCCUGGGGGUGGUUGGUGGGUUUGUCGGAUCGCUCUUUAAUGUGGUGAACAUCCGAAUAAUUCGUUGGCGCAAGUUGCGCUUCAAAAUGUGGCGUGUGACAGAAGUAGCUGUUGUGGCGGCCAUUACAGCCGUCUUCAACUUUGUCACGCCGUACAGUUCAGGGAACUUGCUGGAGUUGCUCGGUGACGCAUUCCAAGACUGCACACCGCAAAGCACAAUUGAACUCUGCCACGAUGGCAAUGUGCAGACCCUUAUAUACCUCCUUAUAGCGGCUACCGUAAAGCUGCUGCUCUGUAUGUACACAAUGGGCACAUUCCUUCCAUCCGGUAUCCUUGUCCCGUCACUUGCCAUUGGUGCCUUGUAUGGACGAGCGUUCGGCAUCAUGUGUCGUGCACUUCAAGAGUCUUAUGCCAGUUAUUACAUUUUUUCUGAAUGUUAUGAUCAAGACCUCUGUGUUAUACCGGGGAUGUACGCCAUUGUUGGCGCAGCCGCCGUCCUCACGGGAGUAACGCGCAUGACUAUAUGUCUUGCUAUCAUCAUGUUUGAGCUGACAGGAUCGCUUGAUUAUCUUGUACCCGUGAUUAUUGGUAUCCUAUGCGCCAAGGCAGCGGCGGAGGCAGUGGGGGUCGAGGGUACAUAUGAGCUUGGCAUUGCAGAGAACAAUUUACCGUUUCUCGAUCCCAAGAAGGAGUGCCAUGUCGACGCCGUUGCAGAAGAUGUGUAUGCACAACGUCAGUUUACUGUACUCACGGCAUACGGUUUCACGGUUGGCCAACUGAAUCAGCUGCUGCAGGAGAUGGAUGUGUCAGGCUUUCCCGUAGUGAACACACUGAGCGACAUGACUCUGAUGGGUUAUGCACCCACUAAAAACAUUGUGCGUGCGAUUCAGGUGGCUGCUGCAAAGGACAGCCGCGUUCACUUUGACACCGCCGUCCGCUUCUCCGCGGCGCCAUCGACAAAUCUACGGGAAGGCCAACUUGAAAUAGACAUCACCUCCGUUGUGGAGAGCCCCAUGUUGCAAGUGGAGCCGGAGUGCCCGGUGUCACGCAUGCUGUACUUCUUCAAGUCACUGGGAGUGCGUCAUAUCAUGGUGUGCCGCCGCUCGAGGUUUGUCGGUUACAUCAGCAAGAAGGACUUUGUAAAGUUUUUGCGUGAGGCCGAGCGGGAAGAGCACUUGAGGAACAUGUAG